CGGGUUCCCAUAUCAUCCCAAAAAUAAAAAAAAUAAAAAAAAUUACUUGGCUUUUUAGAGACGGUCCAAAAGUAACAUGUAUCAGUAGUUUAUAUUCUUUUUUCACUGAUUGGUUACUCUUAAGUCUUAAUUCGGAGUGACCAUUUGUAAUCAAACCAUGGAAUCAAAUUUAACUAAGUAAACAAGUGAAUGCUUAAUUGUUUUUUUGUCAGAGAAGAAAGAUAAAAGAAAGGCAAACGUUUUUUUACACAACAAUGACCUCGUUAAUGUAGUUCUCUGCUGAAUCAUCGUUCUUUUCUUUGGGUAUGGUAAAAAUUUGAUAUAGGACUGUCCAAAUAAAUUGAACUAAAUUAAUGGAUCAGCACAUUUUACAAUUAUAUAAUUUGAAGUUCACUUUGUAUCAUUUGGAGUGUGUGUUAUCAUAAUCUAGCACUGGGCUCAUUCGUUACAUUUUGGCUGCUCCAUAGUUUGAAAUUGAACCUGUAACUUUGUGGGUACUGAUAAAGUUGAGUUACACUGUUCCCUUUGCCGAAAAAAGCUAACGUGCCCUCUUGUCUUCAACUUUUAAGUCGUAUAUCUAUUUUUCAGUUGGAACUGGUAAUUAACUGAUUGAAAAUAGAACUUCACCUCAUGAUUUCUUACUUAUAGAGCCCUUCAAAGAAGUAUAUCUAAUAGAACUUCACCUCAUGAUUUCUUACUUAUAGAGCCCUUCAUAGAAGUAUAUCUAAUAGAAGUGCUAUUUGGAAUUUGAUUCCAAAUCCCUAUACAAUUUGAAACAAAAAUGAUAUGACCUUUACUAUAUAAUGUAGUGCAACUUGAAUGGGUGAUUCUUCAAAGAUCAAACUGGAGCUGUUUUAGCUUUUUUCCUUAAAAUGCCAAUGUGGAGCUCGGAUUAAAGAAAAUUAGUAGGUUUUAUGAUGCAGGAAUUUCUAAUAUAAAGUUCUUGAGCUAUCAUUGGAAGAAGGUAUUGGGGUGUGCAAUAAUUCAGUCUACUUUUUUGCAAAAAGUUCAAGCUAUUUCAAGGAAGAAACCAAAAAUGGCUCAAGCUCUGGAAUUUCAUCGUGGGCAAAUUGAAGCUCUAAUGCGUGCAAUGUCUGUAGCAAAAAUCAUUAGAGAAGAUAAGGAUCCUUGUAUGAUUGAAGAGGGUCUCUAUUUGGGGUCUUUCGGAGCUGCCAACAAUAAAGAUGCACUCAAAAGAUUGAAUCUAACUCAUAUUUUGACGAUUGCCAGAGAAUUAAAUCCUCCUUAUCCAAAUGAGUUUGUGUACAAAGUCCUUGCUGUACAUGACAGAGUUGAUGUAAAUAUUUCACAUUACUUUGAGGAAUGCUUCGAUUUCAUUGAAGAAGCAAAAAGACAGGGUGGCGGUGUGUUGGUGCAUUGCUUUGCAGGAAAAUCCAGAAGUGCAACCAUAGUCAUCGCUUAUCUGAUGAAAAAGCAUGGUAUGAGCCACUCCGAAGCUUUUCAGCUUGUCAAGAGUAGAAGACCAGUCGUUUCUCCCAAUGCUGGUUUUAUGACACAGCUGGAAAACUAUGAUAAAACCCUUAAAGAUAUGAAUACUCCAAAUGUUACGAUGUGAUGCAAGAUUACGCACCAUCUUGUUAAUUGAUUUGAACAGUAAGAAUUGUUUGAUAAACAAUUAUAAUGAUCUGGAAAUUUCAUUGAGAAAGCUACUCCCUAGGCAGACUGAAGAUGUUCUUCCACUGGAGAAUUUUAAAUUUUUUGGUUCAUGUUAGUACCAUUGAAACUAGUUAUUUCGUUUUUAUUUUGUUCAAGAGUAGUCUUUUUCUUAAAA